AAAUCCAAGAAAAAGAAGAGCAAAUCCAAGGACGCCUCCACCGACCCCGCCGCCGCCGCCGCCGAUACCACGUCGCUGGCGGACGCCGAGGCGAAGACUGAUGGCUAUAUGAUCAAGCCCCAGGCCCUGGUUCCGUCCCUCGACACCUCCACCUGGCCGCUCCUCCUCAAGAACUACGACCGCCUCAACGUCCGCACCGGCCACUACACCCCGCUCCCCUCCGGCCACUCGCCCCUCAAGCGCCCCCUCGCCGAGUACCUCCGCUACGGCGUCAUCAACCUCGACAAGCCGUCCAACCCCUCCUCCCACGAGGUGGUGGCGUGGAUCAAGCGCCUCCUCCGCGUCGAGAAGACCGGCCACAGCGGCACGCUCGAUCCCAAGGUCACCGGCAACCUCAUCGUCUGCGUCGACCGCGCCACACGCCUCGUCAAGUCGCAGCAGGGCGCAGGUAAGGAGUAUGUGUGCAUCGCCCGCUUCCACGCCGCCGUUCCAGACACGGCCCGCGUGGCCCGCGCGCUGGAGUCCCUUACCGGGGCUGUGUUCCAGCGGCCUCCGCUCAUCUCGGCGGUCAAGCGCCAGCUCAGGGUGCGGACCAUUUAUGAGAGCAAGCUGCUGGAGCAUGACGCCGAGCGCCACCUUGCCGUGUUCUGGAUCUCCUGCGAGGCCGGAACCUAUGUCCGGACGCUCUGUGUGCACCUUGGGCUGCUCCUGGGUGUUGGUGCGCAUAUGCAGGAGCUUCGCCGUGUGCGGUCAGGUAUUCUGGGAGAGCAGGACAACAUGGUCACCAUGCACGAUGUGAUGGAUGCCAUGUGGGCGCUUGACAACCACAAGGAUGAGUCUUACAUAAGGCGUGUGGUUAUGCCGCUUGAGGUAAUUCUUACUAGCUACAAGAGGCUUGUUGUGAAGGACUCUGCUGUUAAUGCUAUCUGCUAUGGUGCCAAGCUUAUGAUUCCUGGGUUGCUCCGGUUUGAGAAUGACAUUGAUGUUGGGGAAGAGGUUGUUCUCAUGACUACCAAGGGGGAGGCGAUUGCCAUUGGUAUCGCUGAGAUGCCUACUGCUGUUAUGGCAACUUGCGACCAUGGUGCUGUAGCGAAGAUCAAGAGGGUGGUGAUGGACAGGGACACAUACCCAAGGAAGUGGGGACUUGGUCCGGUGGCACUUAAGAAGAAGAAGAUGAUAGCCGAUGGCCUCCUUGAUAAGCAUGGGAAGCCAACUGACAAGACCCCGGCUGAGUGGCUUCGAAAUGUGGUGCUUCCUACUGGUGGCGAUGCAAUGAUUGCUAGCAUUGCAGCUGCUCCUGAGCCUGAGAAGGUAAAGGUCGAACAACAGGAUGUGGUGCCAAGUCAGGAGGUCAAGGAGAAGAAAAAGAGGAAGACUGAUGAGGAUGAUGUAACUGCUUCCACACCUGCAAAGAAGAUGAAGGUUGAGGAGGUCACUGAGGCAGUGGAAGGGGAGAAGAGUGAGAAGAAGAAGAAGAAAAAGAAAGAUAAGGGAGAACCAGGAUCAGCUGUUUCAGAGGCAGUGAAGGAAGAGAAGAGCAGUCUGUCUGAUGAGGAGAAGGGCGGCAGCGAGAAGAAAAAGAAGAAGAAGAAGAGCAAGGAAGGUGGUGAAGAUGUCGCUCCAGAGAGUGUGGAGGUUGAGAAGAGUGAGAAGAAAAAGGAGAAGAAAAAGAAGAAAAAAGAUGCAGAGGAGGCACAAUAGGUAGAGAUAGUAGUUUACAUUGGCUUGUCAUGUUAUUUGGUUGCAGUUAUGUGGGAGCUUGAACUACCUGUUUUAUUUGCUUUGUACCCCUUGCAACCGUCUAUGGUUUGGUAGGUAGGCCUGAUGUACUAUCUUUAGGUUACUGCCAUUCAACCGAAAUGCUAUGGUAAUUAGAGAGAUUUCCCUUUAAAUUUGGACAAUCAGCCAUGUAUUGCAGUAUCUGUUAUCUGUUUUUGCAGUGAAUUUUGUUCUCAUCUCA